UGAUCUCAGAAAAAGGGCACCAGAAUUUGAUGCAUUUACUCAGUGUGAUGGUGACUUUCCUAUCGUUGUUACACAGGAUAUAUACACUCCAUCAAUAAUUAUACCUGGUGAUAAUAUCGUAGAACAUGUUGUAUGGUAUAGCACUGUCGAAAUUGGACCAGAAACCGUCUCUGUCUUGAAUGUUACCUUACUUGAUGGUACACCAAUAGUUACAAACGAGGUAAAUUAUUGUGAAAGUGAUUCAAAACCCCCUAAUAUAGAUUGUCCAAUUCCGGCCGGACACCUUCACUUUACACUAGAAUAUGUGUUUCCUAGUAGUCCUACUCAACCUGUGAAUGAAACUAUCCAAUAUCUCAUAAAAUCGACUCUUGUCAGCGAAGGCAGGACUUUAUUAUGUGUAGAAGGCAUAUCCACCGUAGCAUAUCCUUAA